UUUUGGUGCUCAUUUUUAACUUAAUUUGGUGUUUUUUUAUAUUUUUUUGGCCAGAGAAAAAAGGAUUAAAGUGAAUUGUUUUGUUGUGGUUAAUUUUUUCUUCACGGAGUUUGGAAUACUUUGAUUAGCUUACAAAAUUGAAGUGAAUAAUAGUGGCUCAAUGGAAGCAAAUGGUACAAUUGGUGAUGGCGGUGGAACACCAGAUCAUCAUCAACACGACGAGAAUGAUGGUGGUCUGACACAAGUCACAACAGUGUCAGCCAUGGUUGACACAAAUCGAUCUCCACAACAAACACAAACACUCCAACAACAACAAGCACACCAUCAAUUACAAACACAACAAUCGACAUUAUGGACGAAACGACAGCAAGCCGUUUGUGUACGGCAUGCAUUCAAACAUUAUGGUUCCAAUAAAAAUCCAAAUCAUGUACUUAGUAAUUUAAAUAUGACUGUUGGAAAAGGCACAAUUUAUGGCCUGUUGGGUGCAUCAGGUUGUGGUAAAACAACAUUACUAUCAUGUAUUGUGGGUCGACGGCGAUUAAACACAGGUGAAAUAUGGGUAUUAGGAGGAAAACCUGGUACCAAAGGUUCUGGUGUCCCAGGUAAACGAGUUGGUUACAUGCCCCAAGAAAUUGCUCUCUAUGGUGAAUUCUCAAUAAAGGAAACGAUGAUGUACUUUGGUUGGAUAUUUGGCAUGAGCACUGGCGAAAUACAAGAUCGUUUAACAUUCUUAUUAAAUUUUUUGGAUUUACCAAGUCAAAAUCGUUUAGUUAAAAAUUUAAGUGGUGGUCAACAAAGGCGAGUAUCUUUUGCUGUUGCUUUAAUGCACGAUCCAGAAUUAUUAAUUUUGGAUGAACCAACUGUGGGUGUCGAUCCAUUAUUACGUCAAAGUAUAUGGAAUCAUUUAGUUCAAAUUACGAAAGAUGGCAAUAAAACUGUUAUCAUCACUACACAUUACAUCGAAGAAGCCCGCCAAGCACAUACUAUUGGUUUAAUGCGAAGUGGACAUCUUUUAGCUGAAGAAUCACCACAUAGUCUGUUAACAAUGUACAAUUGUUUAUCAUUGGAGGAGGUAUUCUUAAAAUUAUCCAGGAAGCAAGGUCAAACCACACAACAAGAAUUGAAUAUCAGUAAUAAUAUUAGUAUGGCAUCAUUAAAUUGGGGUAAAAAGGAUGAUCCCGUUUAUGUAUCCCAAGAAAGUGGUGUUGUUGGUCUUAAUUUCCACCAGAGUAAAGAAGUUUUAAUACAAGAUUCCAAUGGGCAUUUAGAUCAAACCGGGAAAACAUUGGAUCAAAAUGGAAAAACAUUGGGUGUUACAAAACCAGAAUUACCUGUUGUGGAUUGUGACGAUUGUGGUUCAUGUGACGGUUGCUUCCAAAUAACAACAAAAGGAAAAAUUCGUGCAUUGCUAGUCAAAAAUUUCCUACGAAUGUGGCGUAAUGUUGGUGUAAUGUUAUUUAUAUUUGCAUUGCCGGUAAUGCAAGUCAUAUUGUUCUGUUUGGCUAUCGGUCGUGAUCCUACUGGUUUAAAAUUGGCUAUCGUUAAUCGGGAAAUGAAUUAUACAAAUGCAACAUAUCAAGAUUGUCCGAUUGCAGGUGGAUGUAGUUUUAAACGAUUAAGUUGUCGAUAUAUAUCGCAUCUAUCGAAUGAUACGAUAAAUAAAAGGUUUUAUCCGGAUCCGGAGUCAGCGCUGGAUGCGGUUAGAGCCGGUGAAGCGUGGGGUGCACUGUACUUUACUGAAAAUUUCACCGAUGCUCUAGUCGCUCGAAUGGUGCUGGGUCGAGAUGCGGAUGAAGAAACUUUGGAUCAAUCAGAAAUUCGAGUAUGGUUAGAUAUGUCAAAUCAACAAAUUGGGUUAAUGUUAAAUCGUGAUCUGCAAUAUUCGUACAGAUCAUUUGCACAAAAUUUGUUGGAAACAUGUGACCAGAAUCCAAAAUUAGCUGAUGUACCAAUACAAUUUAAGGACCCUAUUUAUGGUUCGAAUGAUCCAUCGUUUACAGAUUUCGUUGCACCUGGUGUUAUUUUAACUAUUGUGUUCUUCUUAGCUGUUGCUCUAACAUCAUCAGCCUUAAUUAUUGAAAGAACAGAAGGGCUUCUUGAUCGUUCCUGGGUUGCUGGCGUCACCCCAACCGAAGUACUAUUUUCGCAUGUCGUCACUCAAUUCGUUGUCAUGUGUGGUCAAACCGCAUUAGUAUUAAUUUUCAUGAUAAUUGUAUUCGGUGUCGAAUGUAAAGGUGAUAUUGGAUGGGUAAUAGCCUUAACCAUUCUACAAGGUUUAUGUGGUAUGUGCUUCGGUUUUGUCAUAUCUGCCGUUUGUGAGCUAGAACGUAACGCCAUCCAACUGGCACUUGGUUCAUUUUAUCCAACACUUUUAUUAAGUGGUGUAAUAUGGCCUGUCGAGGGUAUGCCAAUUGUUUUACGAUACAUCUCCUUAUGUUUACCAUUAACAAUGGCCACAACAGCCACACGAUCAAUGUUAACACGAGGUUGGAGUAUCGAUGAACCAGAUGUUUAUAAUGGUUUCAUUUCAACGAUAAUAUGGAUUGCAUUAUUCUUAUCGAUAAGUUUGGUGGUACUUAAAUUCAAACGUGGAUAAACGCUUUGAAUGCAUUUUUUUUUAAUAAAUUUAGACUGUUCUUCUGUUUAAGAAUUUUUUUUUAUUUUCAAAGCAUUUUAUUUUUUGGAACACAAUUUGAAAACCUGCAGAAAUGAUUUUUUUUGGGUGCUAUUGCACGAUAAAAGAACUUUUAAUGCCAUAUAUAAACCAUUUAAAGUGCCUUUGAGAUAAAUUUUCAAAUUGUGUAUCAACAUGCGUUUAGCUCGAAUGAAAAAACAUUUCAACGAUUAUUUUCAAUCGUUUUUUAGAAAUAUGUGUGAUUUUU